AUGGAUCUAUGGUUGGUUGAGGCAUCUCUAACUGGAAAUAUAGAGUCCUUGCACCAACUGCUGAGAGAAAAUCCACUAAUCCUUGACAAAAUGGCAGUAUUUUCUUCAGAAAAUCCUUUGCACAUUGCUUCGAUUCCCGGCCAUGUUGACUUUGUUAAAGAGAUGGUAAGACUAAAACCAGAAUUUGCCAAAGAAAUCAAUCAAGAAGGCUUCAGUGCAGUGCACAUGGCAGCUGCCUGUGGCUGUGUAGAGAUUGUGCAGGAGCUGUUGAAAGUUGAUCCCAGACUUAGCCGAUUAGAAGGGAAAGAGAAUGUAACUCCUCUUCAUUGUGCAGCUAUCAAAGGAAGGGCAGAGGUCAUAAGUGUAAUGCUUUCCAGUUGCCCUGAUUGUAUUGAAGAUUUGACUGUUCAAAAAGAGACUGCUUUGCACCUUGCUAUCAAGAACAACCAAUUUGAAGCAGUAAAAGCACUGGUGGAUUGGAUCAGAGAAAUGGACAAAGAAGACAUCUUGAACGUGAAGGAUGAGCUAGGUAAUACAGCUCUGCACCUUGCAACCUGGAAAAAACAACGCCAGGCAAGUUAA